AAUCAAGAUUCAAAUGUAUAUGAAUUCUAACUAUUCUAAUUACAUUUAUAAAAAUGAUGAAGAAAAAGGGAUAGUUCAUCCCAAAAUGAAAAAUCAUGAUUGUAUUUUUCAAUAUUCCAUGUAGUCACUAAAAAUAGAGACUAGAUGGAGUCUAGCAUGUCAGACUGCAGGACCUGUCAACCACUUAAAGUAAUUAUGUAAAUGUUUUUUUGUUGUUUGCAUAGUUGCUGACCCCUUUUACAGUCUUGGUUUGCCCACUGACAGGUGUUGUCAUGACAGCAAGACUGGACUGUUCAGGCCCGUGUGUCGCUGGUCGAUCCAUGAGGCUCUGUGUGCUGAUUCUGUGCUUGCUGCCUCGCUUUGGCUGGGCAGUCAGUUACAAACAAGGCGAUCCGGUGAUCCUGUACGUUAACAAAGUUGGUCCGUAUCACAACCCCCAGGAAACCUAUCACUAUUACACCCUGCCAGUCUGUAGACCUAAAGAGGUCCGUCAUAAAGCCUUGAGUCUGGGAGAGGUGUUGGAUGGAGACCGUAUGGCUGAGUCUCUUUACAACAUCCGUUUCAAGGAAAACACUGAGAGACAGAUGCUGUGCAAGCUCACUCUCUCUGAGAAAGAGGUGGAUCAGUUGCGAGAGGCGAUCGAGGAGCUGUAUUACUUCGAGUUUGUCCUAGAUGACAUUCCCAUCUGGGGUUUCGUGGGAUACAUGGAAGAGAGUGGAUUCCUACCUCACAGCCACAAGGUGGGGUUGUGGACACACUUGGAUUUCAAUAUAGAGUACAACGGCGACUCUGUGAUCUUCGCCAACGUGUCUGUGAAGGACGUGAAGCCGGAGCCAUUAGAGGAAGGCGGGGGAGGGGCAGGCCAUGGUGUUGGCAGCGGUGGUCUGACGGUCACUCACACCUACAGCGUGCGCUGGUUUGAGAGUACGUUGCCCCAUUCGCGCAGGGCGGAGCGCCUUCGAGACUAUUCCUUCUUUCCUAAGACUCUGGAAAUCCACUGGCUGUCCAUCAUCAACUCACUAGUGCUGGUGGUGCUGCUGCUGGGCUUCGUCAUCAUCAUCCUCAUGAGGGUGCUGAAGAACGACUUCGCCAGGUAUAAUGUAGAGGAAGAUGGCGGCUGUGACGAUCUGGAUCAGGGGGAUAACGGAUGGAAAAUCAUCCACACAGAUGUCUUUCGCUUCCCAACAUAUAAGAGCCUCCUGUGUGCUGUAUUAGGGGUCGGGGCGCAGUUUCUGACUCUGGCCACAGGAAUCAUUGUCAUGGCACUGCUGGGGAUGUUUAACGUCCAUCGUCAUGGUGCCAUAAACUCGGCAGCGAUUGUAUUGUACGCUCUGACCAGCUGUGUGUCAGGUUACUGUUCCUGCAGCUUCUACACACAGAUUCAGGGCCAGCGCUGGGUCUGGAAUAUUAUCCUCACCUCUGCGCUCUUCUCUGCCCCUCUCUUUUUCACCUGGAGUGUGGUGAACUCUGUUCACUGGUGGAGUGGAUCGACUCAGGCCCUGCCUGCCACCACUGUGCUUCUGCUGCUUGGUGCCUGGGUGCUGGUGGGUUUCCCCCUCACCGUCAUUGGUGGAAUCGUUGGAAAGAACAGAGCAGGCAACUUCCAGGCCCCGUGUCGCACACGUAACAUACCUCGCCAGAUCCCCCAGCAGCCCUGGUACAAACACACGGCUGUGCACAUGGCCAUCGGAGGCUUCCUGCCUUUCAGUGCCAUCUCAGUAGAACUGUACUACAUCUUUGCCACCGCGUGGGGUCGUGAACACUACACACUCUACGGCAUCCUGUUGUGUGUGUUUGUCAUCCUGCUCUCGGUGGGCGCCUGCAUCUCUGUGGCCCUCACCUACUUCCUGCUCUCAGGCGAGGACUACCGCUGGUGGUGGAGAAGUGUUCUGAGCACCGGCUCCACUGGCAUCUUUAUAUUUGUUUACUCACUCUUCUACUACCACAAUCGCUCCAACAUGAGCGGCCUUGUACAGAGCGUCGAAUUCUUCGGAUAUUCCUUGCUCACUGCGUUUGUUUUCUCGCUCAUGCUGGGAACGGUCUCCUUCUGGGCUUCUCUGGCUUUUAUUCGUUACAUCUACCGUAGCCUUAAGAUGGACUGAGUUUGUUUCCUCUCAAGCUGAGCCCCUCAAAUGGGGAAGAGACUCAUGGACCAGGCCCUCAUGGAACCCUGCAUGUGCAGGUUUUGUGUUGCUGAAGUAUCAAACUAAAUAAGCUGUUUCUGAUGCCAGUCUUAAAAGGAAGGGAACAGACAAUGUGACUGACUAAAGACUAAUUUUAUUUUAUUUUGCUCACCAACACCCUGACACUUAAUUCACAUAGAUAUAUAUAUAGUUGCUAGAUUAUAUGCACAUCAAAUACAGACGUAUUUGAGAGUCAUUUUGGAUCGUUUGUGCGGAAUUGGAAAGCUUUUCAUACUUCAAAUGUUGCAUACCAAGUAUCCAAGACUUGAAAGUUCCGUUUUGGAUUUUGUUAAUGUAGUGAACAUGACUAAAAUGAUUAAAUGUCAGUUUCAAAACAUAAUGGGAAAGAAUCAGAGGCCUUCAUACAUAUCUAUUGUUUCAAAGACCAUUGAGGAGAUAAAGCACUUAUAUGUACUGUAGAUGGGUUUACUUGAUGAUUAUAGGUGGAUGUUGGUUAUAUGGAAGGAUAUUAUAAUCUUUGAGGUAAAGAGAUGUGUCAUAUUGUUUUCAAAGGGUGCCGUAUACACAUUUUGACCAAAAGAGCAGUUUUGGAGUGAAGAUUUAACAUGAGGAAGCUGAAGAAAUGAAGAAUUGAUUAUGGAAGCAAUACCAUGCUCUAAAGUCGCCAUCAACUGUGAUCUGUUAUUAUACUGUUUUCAAUAAAGUCACUUUUAUUAUGGUAAGAGAAAUAAAUGUGAGUGAAAUGCAACAACGCUGGUGUCUAUCAUAUAAAUGUAAAUUGAAAAUGGCUGUGUAAAUUGAUUUCAAGCUCACUCUCAAACAUGUCUUGCCGUUUUGACCCUUGUUCUUAUACACUACCAUUAAAA